UGUUUGUAUAUGUUUUGUUAUAGGGUUGAACAGCAGACAAUGCAAGUGGAAUGGGGAGUCAUUGAAGCAUUCUGCUAAACCUUGGAAGUGCUAAGUGGCAACUCCUUGAAAUUGCCAAACUGUCUCAAGCUUGCUCAGUGGUUGCAUGCUUCUGACGGUGGAAUGGUGGUCAUGCGAUCACCCGUCCCCAUCUCAUUGCAUGUCAUAUUGAGCCUGCAUAGACACAACUUCAUGGUCACACAUCUGGUGACUUAUCCUCUUCGUGCAUUUUUGCUUUGUUGAAGCCUCCAUCUGGUCUUUGUUUUCGGCAGGUGGUGCCUCUAUAUUCCUUUUUUUCUACCGCAGCCAGCUUCACGAAGGCACCCGGGAGACCGGCUGUUGAUUGACUUACCGGGAGGAAUGUGUUCCGCACAUUUCGUGUAACCUCCCAGACGAGUCUUUGUGUCGCAACGGCGUCUAACACCACGGGUUGGUUGGCGCAAAGGUGGUACAAUGGAUCAAUAUCCUUCAAGUUCCGUGGAUGUGAUUGACGCCUUUCGAGCAUUGACUGCCGAAGCGCGCAGAAAUGUAUGCCGUACUUUAGUGGCUGAAUUCAGCCAUGCCGAAUGCCAUGAAGUGUGGGAUUUGAUUUUCAACCGAUUUCACUUUGAUGUUCUUGAAAACCUGCCUUUGGAACUGUCUGCACGCGUUGCGGGUUAUCUCGAACCUUCGGAAACAUUUAGGUUACGUCAGGUCUCAAGGCGAUGGAAUGAAUUGUUUUCAACACCAGCAAUUUGCGGUAGCAGUUUCCGCUCUUUUAAUUCCCACCAGAUCCUCAACACAAGUGCUGCUGAAUGGAAACAGAGUUAUUCGAGAUAUGCAAAAUGUCAGUUGGCUUUGAGGACAGGCAGGCCAGCAGGAGAAGCUCUCUACAGUGAUAUAUCCAGUGACUGGUCGCAAUGCAACGACAAUACCAUAUCUUACUCUGACGGAAUGAUAGCAUGGGCUAAGAAUCAAGUGAUCCUUUUACUCUGCCUACGAAGCGGGCGUGCUAGAUACUUUAAUACAGCAAACCGUCAAGUUGUUGUGUGUGUUCGGGUGUCCAGUAGGAUCAUAGCUGCCCUCACUUCUCAUGGCUCUUGCCAGGUAUGGAACCAUAAGUCGGGCAAAGAGGGCAUGCUACGCUUGCCUUCUGCCAACUACAAAGUCUCGCUUGGUUAUAUAAGACAUAAUUUCCUUGUCGACGAAGACACUAUUGCCGUUUAUCUAGCUGGUAGCCAAUCCAUAAUCGUUUGGGACUUACAAACCGAAACGUCUCGGCAAAUUUAUAUUGGCGCGGAACCCUUCCAUAUAUUUCUCGAUGCAAAAGGGAAAACCUUGACCGUGAUGCGUCUUGAGGAUGCUCAUGAGAAUCUGGUAUACCGUCAUGGUGACCACAUUUCACAGAUAGUUGGCGUAACUUAUUCCAUUGAUCGGAAUAGCCGCAGUGAUCAGCGUUCCUUCUCCUUUCCCCUUCCAAACUCCGUGAUGUCCGUCGAUUUACGCCUUCAUUCAUGUCUCAAUAACAUCAAGAGUUGUUGUUUUCGGCUUAGCACGACGAUAUCCCACGAUAAGAAAGACGAUGCCCAGCCCUUAGCUGUCGGGGAAUUCAUCACAUUUAUCUCAUAUAGCAACAUCCUGAACAGACCAGUUGCUAGGUUUUAUCCGGAAAUACCUUGUGGCGAGAUGGAUAAACGGUGCCUUGCGACGGUAAUGUCUGAAGGUCUGGUAUACUAUUUAGCCGAAAACGACACAGAUUCUUCAGCCAUUGUCUUGGACUAUCGCCGUGGAGAAGCCAUUCAGGCUCCCGGAAUAAACCUUGCAAGCGGAGUUUUCGGCGGCAACUCCCAAUACCCCUGUUAUUGUUUCGGUGACACCUUCAUUUAUGGAAUCGGCCUUUCCGACGUGGUUCGUGUUUGGUGUUUCGACGAAGAUGUGAUGGCGGGUGGAGGAAUAGGUCGCCACGAGAUAUUUAGAGACCGAAGAGAUCUUGAGAGCUGAACUUGCCAAUGUGAAUGGCAAGUGAUUACAAGCUCAUCCGGAAAGGGAGAGGGAAUUCGUGAAGCUGGGUGUUCCAUUUUUAGAUUUCAGGGUACCUUUGGUUGCACCCUUCGAGGCUGUUCCAUCCUCAGCCGAAGCGUAAUUAUUCAUCAUCUCUCCUUGUGCCCCUUUUGCUGGCACAGAGGUGGGAACUUUUCUUGAUGCGACGAGUGAAUCUCAUUGCUCAUGUACGAAGGCCUCGUAAAUCAUGAUCUUCAUCAUCAGGAGGUCAUUUCUGACACGAAAAGAAGCUAAACCGAAAUUCUCGGCACUGUCGAGUCGACAACAUUUCGCUGGUAGAUACUUUUCAUGCAUGAACCGAUCUACUCCGUACAUCCAUAUACCCCAAAAUGCGGACUAUUCAAGAUGGUUUUGCACAUCAGGCAGAUAUAUAUCUGAAGCUGGUGAAGACUACCAUAAUUUUCAGGCUGGACGAAGCCUGAAGGAUUCGUUUCGCGGCUGAGAAAUUAGUUGGUAUAUUAUGACGGAAGCAUCGAUAAAGUUACAUUCCAUCUUCCAAGAGCACACUCGGUAUCCCUUCCGUGGCCUUCUCAAAGAGGCUGCAGGGAUGGCCCCAGACAGCUCGAAUAACUCAGUCAAUCCCCAAAGUAAUGGGAAUUUUUA